GACAGAUAACAUCUUGUACGAAUUCAUGGGCCUUUACACCCAAUACGGUUUAACCUCAAUAUCCUGAUAGUGUGAAAUGUAGUUCAAGUGAUAAUAAAAAGAGCAUACAAAAUCCUUGCGAAAAAUUCAACAUAAAUGCAAUUAAUAUUCAUCAAUCCGCGUAUAACUGAGUGAGGAGGAGUACUUUCGAAGCCAAACUGCAAAUCAAAAUGUUUCAAUACAUGCUCCCUAGCGGGAGACAUGUGUAUUCCACUUUUCUUCUCCACGAGGAACUAGACCUAGCCUUGAUGGCUUCUGGUCCUGAGGAAGUUUGGAUUUCUGCCGGUUCGCUGAUACAACUAAUACGAUUUCUUUGGGCUAUCGUUCUAAUCUUUUUCAUUAUUGUGGGCGUUUCAUUGUGGGUUUCAAUUGAACGGUGCGGUGGUUUCGAAAACUGGUGGCACUACGUACGCGGUAUAAAUUUGCCGGACGACCCAGUUGGACCUGUACAUAUGGCAGAUGGAUCUCCAGAAUUUUUCAAAUGGUUAGCUGAAAGACGUCAACGAGAUUUACAGGAAAAUCCGGACUUCUAUAGAUAGAUGCCAACAGGUUGACCAGCGAAUCUAAAGCGAGACAUGAUAUUUCCAUUUCGCCAAUUGAUCUAUAUUAAAAAAUUUUCAGUUCUUCCAAUUGUGGAAAUUUAGUUAAGUUUUUUCACUAUUUUUUUCUGUAUUUCUUAUCGACUUACUAUUCAUU